GGAGAUGAUUCAGAGGAGGAGGGCAACCACGGCCCAAUUCAUCUCAAGAAGCCUGCGAGCCCUCAAAGAGAAGAGUCAGGCUUUUUUGAUGGGUCUAUUGAGGACAUUAUCAGAGAAAGCCGUGACGGCAUUGGUGCUAGUGCUAUCACCGUCAUUCCAUCACAGCAUGGUAACAACGAACCCAAUGGUCUAUUCGUUACCGAUGAUGUCACUCAAGAGACCGGCUUCUCUCAGGACGACAUUAUGUCAAUUGAAUCGGACGAUGACUUUGACCUCAUGAUCAUCGACAAGGCAGAUGCAUCUCAAGGAGCUCAACAAAAAUGGUCUGCCCCUAGACCCGCAUCGCCCAUCGAUCUUACACAGGACGUGAAAGCUGAGCCGGAUGCGCGUGGGACGAUUUCAAUGUUUGGUCAAGAUGAGACGACCAAGAUCAAAAACCGGAGCCCCGAGGACGUUCGCGGGAAGCAGCGCGCCUUCUCUCGUCCGGUCGACGAGUUGCCCGACUCAAAUCACCUUCAAAAGAGGAAAACUGAGUUAUUGACAAAGGGGCAAGAUGGGGGCCUGAACCCUGGAGAGGUUGCAGAGCUAUGUCAACUAGAAGUGGCCAUCAAUACUGCACAGGGAGCCGUUAAACCAAAUCAAGACAAGCAUGUCUUCGAAGAGGUCAAAGAUGGAGUAGGGAAUGACAAGAAGGAUGUAGAGGCCAACUCGAAGAAAACCAAAUCGAAACGGAGAAACCCGGAACAACAGCGCAGCGGCCCACCAAAGAAUGCUGCUGAGUACUUCGCGAGAAAGGGGCAAGAAAUCCGAGAGAAGAAACAAAAAGAAUUGGAUAAACAAUCUUCAGUCAAUCCCGCUGGACGUCCCAAGAAGGCGAAGUUUUCAGCAAAGGCCUUGAAAGACGAAGAGGAGAGACGCGAUCGAGUGGCAAAUAUUUUUCAGCCCAAUGACGCCAUCCAGGAUCGAGCAGAAAUGGGUGGCACUCAACGCGAGCCUGUCUUCAUGGCAAGGACCAAGAAAGACCAGUUCGAGCAGAUAAAAGCAGCGAUACCCGAAGGCUGUGAUCUACGUCGCACCAAGACCCAGCAGAAAGACACAGAAGCUGCAUCCGAAGCCUGGGGCUUCGGCAAUUGCAAGGCCAUUGACAAUGAAUGGAAACUCAAAGGAAUGAAUACCGCAAUACACCACUAUCAGCUGACCGCUGCUGCUUGGAUGCUAGAGCGAGAACUCAUGCAAGGGUGGGACAGACUACCUCGAGGAGGCAUCCUAGCCGAUGUCAUGGGCAUGGGAAAGACCAUCAUCACUCUUUCAUGCAUGAUAGGAAACCGGCCGAACGAUCUCCUUGUACGCAAGGGGCGAGGGGCCACAUUGGUCGUCUGCAACAAUGGCCAUGCCAUUGAUCAGUGGAUGAACGAGGUCAAGACACACUGCGAAGGGGAAUUUGCCACUCGCAUAGUCCACUACAGUUCUUCUCACAAGAUGGACGUGGCACUUCUUCAAACUUUCAACAUUGUGUUUGCAAGCUACAGACAAAUAGCCAAUAGCGCCCCGACUGUGGAUGAGAUUGAGUUCAAGGAGAAAGAGCUGAAGGGUGACAAAAAGGCACUCAAAAAAUGGCUUCGGGAGGAAAAAGGAGAUCUUCUCAAAAUUAAGUGGCAUCGUGUUGUACUUGAUGAAGCCCAACAGAUCAAAAACCACGAGACGCAGUCGCUUCAUUCUUGCCUUCACAUCGACGCCAACUGUCGGUGGGCAUUGAGUGGAACUCUUCUCAGUAAUAGAAAUUACGAGCUAUACCCUUAUCUCAAAUUCAUUGGCUGUGAAGUUGGCAGUUUCAAAGAAUUCCUCGUCAAGUUCAGAAAAGGGUCGAAGGCGGAGGCCAACCUGGACCAUCUUAUCAGCGCCGUUGCGUACAGACGCACUCACAUGGAUACAUUUCUAGGCCGUCCGAUCAUCAACCUUCCCCUGACUCAUCCCACGCAUCAGUACCUCCGAAUGUCUAAGGAGGAAAUGGUGAUAAACAGCAUGGUGGAAGAGUGCUUCAGGCGGAAGAUGAUGCAAGACAUGGCUGCCCCUGGUGCUGGGCCUCGUCGGAAAAGUUGUUUUGAGAUGCUCCUGCGUCUCAGGCAAGCUGCCACUCACCCUUUUCUUCUCGAAUCAAUGAUGCGGGAGUACAUGACUCUAGACGACAUCCGAAAGGUACGCAAACGUCUUGCUGAUCUUCGAGAAGGCCCCAGCAUGUAUGACCAGAUCGGGUCCUGGACCAAAAGGCAUGAAAUGUCUGGUGAACAUGCCCCGCUCGAGCCGUUUGGUCAGAGCAAUUUCGGUUUGCAUUUUGACAUGGAUCGGCACAUGGAUUACCUGGAGAAGGUUGAGUUGAUGGAGUUAGCAGUGUGCCCAGUUUGCAAAGAGACACCGACAGUACCAAUCAAGGGCAAUUGCGAGCAUUCAUUCUGCAACCAAUGUGCAUUAGAUCAUCUAACAACCGCAGGCAAAAAGUGUCCAGCAUGCAAGAAAGCCAUCGGGAAGAUGAGGCCGACUAGCAUCUUGGACAGCCAAUCAGAAGAAAACGAAGUCCGCGGGAAUGAUUAUUACGGCUACCAGCAAGCCUUAGACAACCGUACAACGGUGUCCCAUUUCUUGGAUAUCAGCGACAGCAUGCCAGACGUGCCGGUGACUCCUAGUGCGAAGAUGACUGCCUGCAAAGAGACUAUUCUGCGGUGGCAAGCUGAGGCGCCCAACGACAAAAUUAUCGUCUUCACGCAAUUCGUCCUCGUUGGCAAGAUUCUCGGCCGCAUGCUCGAAGCCGAAAACAUCCCUUUCGUCUACCUCACUGGCAAGCAGACAAAGGACCAGCGCGUCCGCGCCGUCAAGGGCUUCCAAGAGAACGAAGAUGUAAAGGUCCUGGUGGCCUCCAUGCGAGCAGGCGGCCAGGCGCUGAACUUGACGCGCGCCAACAGAGUCAUCCUCAUGGAGCUCUGGUGGAACCACGCACAGGAGCAGCAGGCGUGCGCGCGUGUCUUCCGCUACGGACAAAUCAAGGAGACACAUUUUGCGCGCUUCAUCGUGCAGACGCCUAUUGAGGACCGGAUCCUGAGGAUGCAAGCCGACAAGAUCAUCGAGAUUGACCGCGCGCUGCAGGACGACGGGCACGUUAUUAAGGGGCUCAGCAUGCACGAGAUUUUGCAACUCCUGGGCCGGUAUCGUGUCAAGGAUAAUCGGGCUGUCAUUGAGCCUGACUACGAAGAGUACGAUGACGAUUUUGACGAUAUCAUUUCCAACCCGGAUGACUGGGACUUGGAAGAGGAGGAGGACCUCGAUGGCUUUGUCCUUCCUGAUGACACUGCAGAGGAAGGGAGUGAGGUCGACACCGACGACUUGAACGGGACGAUGGUGCUUUCCGACGACUCGGAGGAGGAAUGAAAGUCCACGACCGAGCAUUUACGCACACUUGAACCGAGAUCUGAGCCUGGAAUUCGUCUCAAGCAACAUGGCGCGAUAUGAUCCAAGCAACAUUUCGUUUUCUCUUCGUUUUUGCGACACCCGUUUCUGGUUUCGACGACUUGCUUCUUUGACAGCACCACGAGGUGCUACAUAUCCGACCAUAUUUUGAGAUCGUGGGCCAAUGAGCUUUUCUCGAAGCAAGGAUAUGGAUCUAUUCUGGCAAAGCGAUGGAAUCUUUUGGCACCAUGCAUGGAAUCUUACGCGCUGGACGGGAAAGAGUGCGCCUGGAAAGGACAGCUUAAUGCCAUUGAAAAAGGCAUAGAGAGCUUACCCCUGAGCAUUUGGAGAGGCAGGAGAGAUUGGAGAAACACUCCAAAAACAAGCUCAGGAGAUUUGGAGAAUAGCUUCAGCCAUCGUCUCUCAACUUUCAUACCUUGCAUAUAGACUGAUUUCACAAUAGACGUUUUCGAAUUC